UUCAAUAUGGAUUAUCUCAACAGUAGAAAAUUCGAUAGAGCUUUCCCGAAGGCGGGCUUCUUCCUUCCCAAGUUUCUAACACUUUUAGUUAUCGUCGUCUAUGGAUUCUUUGUUGUAGAUGGCUGUGGUGUUCGCACGCGUUCUCGUAUAGUCGGAGGCUACAAAGCUGCCCCUCAUUCUUGGCCUUGGCAGGUCAUGCUCAUGUAUCCUGAUCCCGGCUGCGGAGGGACGUUAUUGAAUGAAUUUUGGGUCAUCACCGCAAACCACUGUUUGCCGGACUAUUUGAUGAAUGAAGAUGUUAUAGUUAGGGUCGGUGCACACCACCGAACCAAGCCGAAUAAGUGGGUGCAAGACUUACGAGUGCGACAGAUUUAUCGACACCCGAAGUACAACGAUCCCGUUAUGUGGGCAAAUGAUGUGGCCUUGCUCCUGCUAGACGGACCAGCCCAAUUGAACAGCGCAGUCCGCCCAAUUUGCUUGCCUGACAAGGAUGACCAACCGGGUACAGAUUGCACGGUGACCGGUUGGGGUCGCCUGAGUUAUUAUGGUCCUUAUUCAGACUACCUUAUGCAGGUGACCGUUCCAAUCGUGCCCUAUUCUGACUGCCGAAAGAUCUAUCCAGAAGAGGUCCACGAAAGUAUGCUGUGUGGAGGACAUCUAACAGACAGAAAAGAUUCUUGUGAGGGCGAUAGCGGAGGACCAUAUGUUUGCGAGCACCAAAACCGCAUUUGGAAACUAGAAGGAGUCGUCAGCUGGGGUUACGGUUGUGGAUGGGAGGGCCACCUAGGAGUCUAUGCCAAUGUCUCUCACGUACGUGAUUGGAUAAAAAGUGUAUCACGUUUAUGAUACCACCGGUAAAAAGCUAGUGUGAUUGAUUUUGUGUCUUUUGACUGAUUGACUGUCAUUGACAAUAAAUCUCUCCCGUUCACCUAAUAUUAGAAUAAAGUUAAAGCUUGUAAGUGGGACAGUAAUUGUUAUAUAGAUAUUGAUGUGAUGACAGAAUUUGGCUCGGUAUUUGGUAUUAGAUAUUUGCUCAUUUGGACAAUUUGUAGAGUAAAUUUAAAAGUGUGUCAUGAAGUUAGUAGAUAGUUUGAGCUUUUACUAAGGUUUUUCUCCACUAGCGGGUUAAAUAUUCACAUUAAAAUAAGGUUAACCUU